AUGUCGAAAAUUGUGUUGAUUUGUUGCAUCGCUGUCGCUAUUGCACAUUAUGUGCCGGCUCCUGUGAACCCGUACUAUUAUAACACGAACGGUCAGAUUGUCGUGACCGGCUCACAGCAGGAGCUGCUGCGAAUUGGCAAUCGCAUCAUCUCUCAGCCAGCGAAAGCCUCGAUAAAUUGCCAGACGUGCCGAUUGUGCUGCAAAGCGACGGUUCCGUGGAAAACCGAACAAUAUCCGAUUUAUGGCUAUCGUCAAAUUGUCGGCACAUCAACGAACGGCGUCGGCGUCGGCGUCGGCACAUUCGGAACUGGCACGUCGACAACUGGAAUCAGCACCACCGGCACCAUUGGUGGCACACAGGUGAUCUACACAAGGAAUGGGACCAGCGUCGGAACGCAGACGAAUGGCGGAUAUCGAACAUCGAGCAAUGGCGGUGGAAUCGCUGGUGGAAACACCAUUGACUAUAAUGGAGGUCAGGUGGUGAUCCCAGGAAGCAAUGGUGGGAACACCAAUGGCGGACAAGUGGUGAUCCCUGGAUCCAAUGGCAACAAUGGGGGCAUCAUUUAUCCGGGAAACAAUUUCCCGGGCAACUUCGGACCACAAAUCAACAUUCCAUCGUCGGGAUACGCGGUCGCGCCGGCGGCCACCACCCAGACGCCAUGCAAUCCUGUCACCAUCCCAUCGGCGCCAUCCACCCAUCCGCCAUGCGUCGCCACGACACCAAACCCAGGAUACGCGACGCCGGCAUCGACGCAAGGCUACGUGACAUCGACAGCCGGCUAUGUCACGACACCAACCACCAUUGCGACAUACGCCACCACCCCAGGAUAUGCGACGGCGCCAACACCCACCCAAGGCUACGCGUUGCCACCAUCGGGCUACCCACAGCAUGGCUACGCCGGAUACUCGGCUCCCCUCAAUUACACCUCUCCCGAAGUGUAUCCGAUCCCUCAAGGCUACCCAACCACCACCACCAUCCCCGGUUAUGCUAGUCCAACCAUCACCCAAGGAUACGCCCAAAAAUCGCAUGGAUCCUACGCUGAUUCUUUUGUUUCCGCUGCCCCCUCGAUUCCGUCGUAUCCCAAAAUGAGUGUUGUAGCGAUGCCGACGACCGAUUCGCCGAUCAUCGUCACCACCACCACCAACACCAACACCAAUGGCGGAAUUUUCACACCCGAGAAUUGCUGCUUCGUCAACAUCCACAAUUUGAAGGCGACCGUCUCGUGCGGCGUCGUCGGCAAAGAGUGCUGCAAGGACGCGCGCACGUGCCCGAACACCGACACCCACACCCUGGACGUCGAUCGCGCCAUUUUCGGCGUCCCGUCGGGUCCGAUUGAAUGCAAGGACGCCGUGCGAAGGGGCUUCGUCAGCGAGGAGCAGAUCCGCGGAUUCUGCACACAAUACGUGCCGUCGGGCAAUUCGCUGACCGUCUCGUCGACGUCGGCGAUCGCCAGCAUUCUUGCCUUUGUCGUCUCAAUGAUCAUGUGCCUUUAA